GCUAAGCUUUCGCCAUAGUAGGGUUCGUAAGUUUGCCUCCCCCCAACAACAACACACUGUCCUUUACCGCGAAAAGUGCUGUGCCUUUCCUAUCGAGGAAAGCCUGAGCUGGCCAUUAUGGCUGCGGUUUAUUCUGAAAAGGACUGCAGUUUGCAAUCAAGUAAUGAAAGCUUGUCCUCUGAAUGUGAGAAAGGUGCAGCCCAAGAAGUAAACAUCGAUCCAGUGAGCAAUAGCAAAGCCAGUAAUGCUAAAAACACGGACGGAGAAUUGGAAUUAUGUCCCCGUGGCCCUAUAUUGAAAGCCCAGGACCACGCCGAAGUUGUUGCAGUUCCACCAGUGAAGAUUAAAGUAGAGCAAGUGGAGGAAGAUGAAUGUGUAAUUGUACAUAUGGACGAUGUGGAGCAAGAAGAUUUGGCCGACGUGUUUAACGUUACCAAUAAAGCAGACUCGUCUGAGAGACAUGAAAGAACCGAAGGACUCGCCCUGACCUUUCCCCUUUCUAUUUUAGGGGACUGGCCAUUUCGCUGUGAGGAUUGCAGUGAGGCAUUUGGGAACAAGGAGGCUUACCUAGAGCAUCGCAGCGAGCAUAUCCAUGAUGGUCCCAUAGUCUGCCUGGACACAGAUUCGCAGUGGGAUGACCUGCUCAUCUCGACCGACGGAGGCCGAAGAACGUUGUUCUGUGCUCUGUGUGGACAGAAGUUUUCAAGCUCAAAAGGCUUUUUCACCCAUCAGCUGAAGCAUCGCAAUCAAGUCAUUAAACAGGGGAUAAGUGAUGGCUUUGGUGAGGGUGCAGUAAGACAGAAGCUUUUUGAAUGCAAGGAUUGUGGUAAAGCUUAUUCCACUGUUGGUCAGUGUCUCAACCAUCAGCGUUCACAUAAACAGGCCUCAAAAUCUGUUUUUCACCAGCUUGCUCAUCUAAAGAAAAAGUCAUUUCAGUGCCCCACCUGUGGACGCUGUUACUCUCGGGCUUCGGCUCUUGACGCACAUCGUCGUUGUCAUGAGGUGAAGCUGGUGAAAUCCAAAAGCUGUGAAACUGAGAAACCUCUGUCACUUAAUGACUCUCCAGAUCAAACUGAAGACAAUGGCACAAGCUCUGAACAGACUGAGGAGCAUGAGCAAAAAGUUUUUCAGUGCUUCUGUGGCAAAUCUUUUCGCACCAUGUGUGGCCUCAAUACUCAUCAGAGAUUCUCAACCAGCUGUUCGGAAGGGAAGGUGAAGGAAGAAAUUAAGCAUCCGUUCGUUUGCUCUGAAUGUGGCAAGACCUUCGUUAGCUCUGUGGCUCUGUUGUGCCAUCAGCGUUGGCAUAAAAGACGGGCAAAGCUUGGCUGCAAUGGCCAGCCGUAUAAAUGUACAGAGUGCGGCAAGGUCUUCACCUCCCUCACUUUUUACAACAAGCAUCAGCGAUUGGCUCACAGUGAAGAGCUGCCAGCGAAAUCAUUCCUUCAUCAAGUUAUUCAGCUCAAGAAGAAGGCUUUUGAGUGUCCAGAGUGUGGUCGUCGGUUCUCGCGAGCAUCCGCCCUGCAGUCACAUCAGCUUUGUCAUUCUGAUGUCUUCGGUGACAUCAUUGAGAAGAAGACUGAGAUGACCACAGCCGUUCAAACAGUAAAAACAAACCAAAAUGACAAUUCUGACAGUGUUGCUUUUCAUUCUAAGGAGAUCUCACAUGCUCAAGUUCAAAAGAAAGAUUUCAACUGCACCAACACAGUAGAAGAGUAUGAGGCCAUAGAUGUUGAUUAUGAAAUUGUCCAUAUCACAGCUUCAGAUGAUUAUGAGAACAACAGUGGUUCCUCUCAGGAUCAAAAUCCUGAUCUUGAGUUAGUGUGUGAAUCAGACCAAGAGGAAAAAGAUGAUUUGGGCUUCAAUUUAAGUCAGACAGCUGAAUCUACCUCCUCCCUGCAGUUGAAUACAGAGAUGGAUGUCAGAAUUGUACAGAUUGAUUAUGAGCAUUUAAAUGAUGAACCAUUAAUAAAUGCGGAACUCGUGAGCAAAAGUCGUCCUCAAGAGGCAAAGUAUAAUUGUCCACACUGUGAUCGAAAGUUUGUCAAGGCUUUGUCCUUGCGCUGUCAUAUUCUUUGGCACAAGGGGCGUAUGGGAAAAAAAUCAGAUAGGCGGCAUAAGUUUGACGUAGUGACGCCAACUAAGAAGGAACUUUUAACAUGCGAGGUUUGUGGCCAUGAAAGUUCCUCCAAGGGUGCUCAUUGUUUUCACAUGGGAAAGCAUGAGGAUAAAGUGGCGUACAAGUCUAUUUCAUACCAACUUGAAAAUCUGCAGAAGAACAAUAUUAAAUGUGAAGAGUGUGGGAUGUGUUUUUCCAGACUUUCUGCAUUGCAUUCUCACCAACAGCAUCACAAUAGAAAAAAGAAGUCCUUUGCUUGCUUGCAGUGUGAUAGGAGCUAUGCGACCGCAAGUGGUCUGUUCAACCAUCAGAAGGUUUGCUGUGGCGGUGGCAAAGACAAAAAGACAAAGAAUUUCAACCCAACCAAAUCACUUUUGGGCCCAAAAGUUUACCACUGUAAAAAGUGUGGUAAAGGUUUUUGGUCUUUGGGAGCUUUCUGUCAUCACAAACAAAACCACUCAGAAUGUGCAGAUGUUGAGACGAGGCCCGCCGGUACAGCCGACACUGAGAACGGUCACAUACGACGGAAGAAAAGGGGUCGCAGGGGUGGUUAUAGAAGAGUGCACCCUCUGAAUCCAAAACAAGAACAUAAAUGCGAAGUGUGCGGCAAAUCAUACCACAUGCUAGCUUGUUUUCUUAAACACAAACUUGUCCAUGAUGCCCAAGGUCUCCAACCUGCUGUCAAAUCUUUUGACUAUCAAGUCCAACAGCUGAAAAAGAACUCCUACCAAUGUCCCGACUGUGAAAAAGUUUUCUCCCGUGCCAUGGCCCUCCAGUUUCACAUGAAAAGUCAUGGCUUUGAGACUGGCCUUCCGUUGAUAGACUCUGAUUCGUCUGAGCGACCUCAAUGCUCGACAUGCUACUCUUUUUUUGCAUCUGAGGUGAUACUACAAAAUCAUCAGAAGCACUGUUCAAAACCAGAGGACAUUGUGGAAUGUGGGGUAAUUGAGAUAGAGGAGCAAGAUGUAUCCUCCCAAAAAGCAGAAGAUUUCAGUGCCACUUCUCGUUCAGCUAAUUCUAAAAAAGAGAAGAAAUCUCAUUCAACUUCAAAUUUGAAAUACAAAUGUCAAGACUGUAGCAGAAGCUUUUCAGUAAUUGGUGCUCUAAAUUUUCACAAGCGAAUUCAUCGUAAAGGUCACCAAUCUAAAAAGUUGAAAUCCAGUCCGGCAAAGCCGUUGAAGCUUGGCAAAAUAAAGCCAGAGAAGUGUUUGGCAAAAUCGUCUUUUGGUUGUGCUGAAUGUGGAAGAUAUUUUAGCACCAAUUCGGCUCUUGGCACACAUAGGCGAUGGCACAAAGACAAAAAAUUUGCCAGAUUUCUCUCAAAGACCAAUAAGAUACGCUCAAAGAAAAGUGUGGAUGGUGGACCUUAUUUAUGCAAUUUAUGCGGGAAAGGAUUCUUUUACCUUUGUGUUCUUCGCCGACAUCAGCUACAUCACCCUUCCAUGGAGGCUCAACCCCAAAAAGGGCAAGAAGUUCCUGAAUCAAAUGGUGUUUUUACCUGUCCAGCCUGUCAGAUGUCUUUCUCAAGUGGGUCUCUUCUAACAACUCACUUUGCAGACCAUCACAGCAAACCUACUGAGACUACUGAGAAACUACAUUCUGAAAUCCUCUCUACAGAAGAGUCGGGUCCAUCCGUCAAACAAUUGUACACAUCCAAAAUGGAUGUUGCCAAAUUAGAGAAGACUAAGGUACAACACCAUCAGUGCUCCCACUGCGCUAAGAGCUUCUUGAACAUACGUGGCCUUCGUGCGCACAAAUGGCAGAAACACCACAAGGUUAGUGAACGACCCACGGCGUCUAUAGAAGAGUGCUCUGCAUAUGCAAAGCCCUUUGCUUCUGAAGGGUCCCUUCGUAAAACGUCCAAUAAGAAAGAGCAGAAACCAUCUACGGAGGAGGAUCCUGUACAGCACAGUCGAAAUUUUGAACUUACUAAAUGUUUUUUCAAAUGCGAUAAAUGUGCUAAAGCGUUUCCCAGUGAGGAGCAAUUAAACGCUCAUAAGGAGGUGGCGAAGACUCGUCCGCACUGUUGCGCUCUUUGCUGCCGUGGUUACUGGACUGAAAACCAGCUGCAGCAGCAUCUCGCAUGGCACAAUGAAGUACGUAGGCGUCUCCCAACUGAACUGCGAUACAGACUGAGUGCUUCCCUGGCACCUGGACCUUCAGACAACCAACAGGCCUUAUCACACAGAUCAGAGUCUAUAGUCAAGCUGCCUGUAGCCCUUGUAAGUCCACAAGCGAAUACCCAUAAGUGUCAGCACUGUGGAAAAACGUUCUUGUCACCUCGUGCGUUGCAGCAGCAUCAGACUCUUCACAAAAAUGAGGAGCCGUACCAUUGUUCUUUGUGUUCACAGACAUUUAGUGAUAUCAGAAAUCUUAUCGACCACCAUCAGGAGUGCUUGGGUGCUAAAGAGCUAAAAGACAGUAGCUCAGCUUCAGAAGUAAGAGGCGCUGAGAACCUGACUUGCAUUGAGUGUGGCAUUUCCUUCAAACAGGAAACAGAACUGCAUCAGCAUUAUAUUGAACAUGCACGUGGGUUCUAAUAUUUGUGAAAAAAUGCAUGAAGAUGGAUAUUGGUAUCUGGUACAUUGUUUACUGCAUCUGCACUGGUUUAAUUUAGUACUUGAUUCAAGAGUUUUGUUUCCUGCUGUGAGUGUUAGUAUAGAGUAAAAGAGCAGAGGAAGGAAAAUACCACUUUCAGCUUUUAAAUUCUACAUUUUUGCUGAAACUGUAAAGAGAAAGAAAGUUGUCUGCUGAUUUCAGAGCAGAUGUCCUCUAAUCCAAAUAGUGUGUUGUAAUUACUUGCAUAAAAGCUGUACAUUUUUCUGAUUCCCUUUAAAAUUAUCAUUAGAUCUCUGCAAGUGUUCCAAGAGCAUCACUUUGAUGCUUUUCAGUCUAUUUAGGGUUUUUUAAAAGAUUUAUUUUCCCUUUUUUUGACUGCUCAGUUUAGUCUCUGUUGAUUUCUAUCACCUGGCUUGUACUUUUAAAAAGUAUUUAAUUUAAACCACCAAGGUGUUUGUUGGAUAAAAGGUGCUUGAAGAUCGUUUUUGUUAGCAUUACAGCUUAAGUCUCAUGUGUGGUCAUGCUAGACUUCGAUUUGUGAUUUGUACAGCAUCGGUUAUUGCCUGUGUCAUUGUUCCUUUAUUGCUAUUUUGACAUCACCAUUUUUGUAGUGUAAACCACAUUUCUGUUGCAUUUAGGUUUUGGUUAGCAUUUUUAAAAUGUAAAAAUGUCAUCUUUUGAAAAACAUUUGGGGUUUAAUGUUUCUCUUGAAAAUGUUGUGCGCAUACAGACAUUUAUUUCCUUUCUAAAUAUAAUGCUAUACAUUCCUUGUGUAAUUGCCCUGAAGUCAUGUUAAUGACAUUAAGAAUGUAUGAAUAAGAUGUAAACUGCUCAGUAGAGGCAGGGAUUUUUGUGUAGGAAUGGCAUGAUCUUAAAGAAUCAUAAAGAAAAUGACAAAUUAUUUAAACAACUGAAUCACCUUGUGAUGUUAAAUUGAACAAAUAUAUUAACAUUCCAUUUUGUUGUCUUGACUGGAUGGUGAGUGUGAAGGUUUAUGGUUGGUUUGUUAAUAAUAAAGAACCUCCUGUAAUUUCCUUAUAAA